AUGGAGCCUCCAUCGCCGCGCCUGCCGCCGCCGCCACCGCCUUUCUCGCAAGAGGGUGGCACGAGUACAAGUGGCUCGUUGCCGCAACCAUCCGAGAUAGGCCACGUUUUCAUUUUGCAUUGUUCCAUCACCGGCUUUGCCGCGGAUGCGUUCCUCCUCCCUCACGACGCGCAGGAUAGCGGUCAAGACGGGCUGAAGCUGACGAUGCUCCGUGGAUUUGGUGGCCGUGACGGCGUCGGAUCGAUACGACAGUAUCGCGGGAAGAUUGCCGCUGAGCAUUAUGGUGGUGAGAGCGAGGCGACAAUCAAGUCCAAAGUGGUUGCCGUCGUGGCCGCGUUCCUCAAGGAGGCGGGCAGCGCGCUCAAGGGGCAGGUCAGUGGCCUUGGCCGGCCCAGGCCUCUGUUGGGUCUGCCUCUGCCAGGCGUCGGGCUGAUGGACAAGAAUGACACCAUCAAGGAGGAGGGCCUCAUCGUAGAGGAGGUGCUGCCGAUGAUGUACCACGCCGUGCGAGACUUUGGCGUCGAUUGCGCCGUGUGCACCACCGACUCGGGCGCCUUCCGGGUAAUGCAGGUGCUGCGCGAAAAGCACUGCCCUUCAGACAGAGCGGGGCCCUUCUGGAUGCUCUCGGAGGAACAGCUUGGCACCUGCCAGCACUUGGCCUCGGCGGCGGCCGAGGACCGGCUCGCGCUCUUCUUGGGCGCGGGCGUAAGCUUCCCCUCGGGGCUGCCGUCGUGGGAGGGUCUGCUAGAGACGCUCUCCCGCCGCGCUGGCUUUAGCGACGCGGAGCGGGCUUCACUGAGCCGGCUCAACUACCUCGACCAGGCGUCGCUCAUUCGCGAUCGGAUCGGCGGCGAGAAGACGUUCAAGGAGGAGGUGAGGCGGUGUGUGCAGAGGGGCAGAUAUACUCCAGCGCAUGCGAUCGCUGCGACGCUUCGGAUGACAGCCAUCACGACCAAUUAUGACGACCUAUACGAGGACGCCUGCCAAUCGGCCGGCGGCCACUGUCUGCGCAUCCCGUGGGAGGCGUACAAGCUCGACCGCGAGGAGGAUCGCGACAAGAAGCCGCUGCAUGUGCUGAAGCUGCACGGCUGCGUCUCGCGCCCCACCUCCAUUGUCCUCACGCGGCAGGACUACAUGCGUUUCGAGGACCACGGGCGGGCACUGCGCGGAGUCGUGCAGCAGGAGCUGCUCUACAAGCAGUGCCUCUUCGUUGGGUGCAGCAUGACGGACGACAACGUGCACCUCAUCAUCGACCAGGUGCGCAAGGCGCUGUACAAGGACAUGGAGCCGGAGCAGAUGAGAGAGAUCAAGAUGGGUACCAUCCUCACCCUCGUCGAGAACCCGAUGUUCCGUCGCCUCUGGGAGGACGACUUUGAUAUUGUCUCGUGCUGCGAGGCGGAGCACGCGAGCGAGGAAAAGGCGCAUGCCGCCUGGAUUCACGACGCUCUGCUCGAUUGCAUCGGCUGGAUGAGCGAGAGGGGGCGGGCGUAUGACGCCUUCAUCCUCGACGCGAAGUUUGGGACGCUCCUCGAGGACUGGCAGCUCCAGGUGAAGGAGGCACUGCAGCCGCUGGUGCGGCUCUAUGGCUCCGACGAGGUGCGCGAGUCACCGGGAUGGGAGUCGGUCGUCUCUCUGCUGAAGAUGUUUGGGGAAAAGUUCGACAGCGAUGGUCGCCCCCUCGCGUUCUCGCGAGAGACACGGACCGCGGUCAAGGAGGCUGGCCUCUUCCGGCUCGACUCGGCGCUAUUUUGGGAGCGACGCAUCAAGUAUGAGUCCCGGCUGGACGAAGGCCUCGACCAGCUGGUGGGUGCGGCAGCGCCGGGGCGGGAUGGGACCAGCUCGCUAGCCUCAGAGUAA